CAGCGAGAGAGAGCUCGGCAGGAUUAGUUAGUUGUUGUUUGUGCACCGCAUCGAGCGCUGCAAACAGUGCCCUAUCGCGCGCACGCGCUGCGGCACCACAGCAGACCACACAGCAGCUUCACAAGUGCAGCUCGCCAUGAGCGCUGCAUGCAACUCGUCGCAUCGGUGAGCGCUGCGCUUGACCACGCCCGCCGCAGCGUCCGCCGCAGCCUUCGCCCAAAAAACGCACCAAAACGUCCGAUGACGACCAUCCUGUUUACCCGACCGAACAUCCACCGUGUGGAUAGAAGCAGUGCUUGGUUAAAACUCCGAGGACACACGAGGGACCGUGACGAGAACACAUCUUUGGACUAGAGUCUCCGAACGAACACGUGUCGAUGACGAUACAUCUCCGAGUCCCCCCCUCGCCGCGCACAACACGCGCCGCCGAGCCGCGGCCGCGGUCAUCGGUCAUCCUCCGCAGGCGCGCCGUUUGAUUUGAAAUAAGGAGGUGCGCGCCCCGGCGUCCAUGGCUUCUUCAGACACAACGUCCGGUGAGCGACGAACGCAAUGGGUAAUUUACAUCCGAGGUUCCGGUGGCGAGAGCACGCGCCGUGAGGGCCAUUUUUUCUUUUCGAAGACGCACAGCUUGUAUCCGUGAUGCCCACCGCGCGACGCACGCAGGCUCGGAACGUCCGCGCCCCGCGUCCAUCUCAACAAAAACGAAGGGGCAGGCGCUAGAACCCGGCCGCGCUGCGCCUCCGUGCGCGCGCCGGGCAUUUUAACCCUGCGAGAGCGAACCCGCCUCACGGCGCAACCAGCGGAGUUGCGCCAUUCAAGCCGGGCCAGGCUUUCCCCGUGCCGCGCCCGGUGGGUCUUCGGAGACGACAUUCACGCCAUCUUUUCCCAGGCCCAUGGCGACGACGAGCCGCGACUUCGAGUUCGACCGCAUCGAGGCCUUCGUGAAGAAGCACGGCGCGACGGUCCUCGCGCUCCAGUUCCCCGCGCACCUGCUCGGGGAGGCGCCGGCCGUCGCGACGGCCCUCGCGGCGCGGCUCGGGGCCGCGCCGGAGAUCUACGUCCUGGGCGACCCCGUGCCGCGCGGCGCCGUCGACUGCGUCGGCGCCGCGCACGUCGACGCGGACGCCCUCGUCAAGUGCGGUGCGGACUGCCUGACGCCGCCGCCCGACGGCGCGCCGCCGACCUUGUUCGUGCGCGGGCCCGCGGCGGCCGUGGACGUGGCCGGCGUCGCGCGGCACAUAGAGGAAUUACUAAUCGAGGAGGGCCCCGUGCUCUUGCUGGUCGCGCCGGAGCACGCCGACUUCGGUGGGGCGCUCGCGGCGGAGCUGGAGCCGCGCGUCGGCCCCUGCGCGGCGUCGUCGCUGCCGGCGCACGUCUACGACGAGGCCGGACCGUCGUCGCCUUUCGUCGUCGCGGGCCUCGGCACGGACUGCGCGGACGAGGCGGACUUUCGCAGACGGCGCGUCGCCUUCGUCGGCGCCGCCGGCCCGCUCCGCGACGCCGUGGCGCUGCGGGCCGCGGCGUGCGCGUGCUUCGUGGCCGUCGACCCAACGGGCGGCGGCGAGGACGCGGACGCGCUGGCGUCGCGGGCGACGCGCGCGUUGGCGAGGAGGCGCCACGCCUUAGGCAGGGCGCGCCAGGCGUCGCGCUGGGGCGUCGUCGUCGCGGGCGCGGGCCGCAUCGCCGAGAGCGCGCGCGCGGCGCGGGCGUGCGACGCGCUGAUUCGGGAGACGGGCCGCGCGUCGUACGUGAUUGCGGUGGGGCCCAUCACGCCGGCGAAGCUGGCGAACUUCGCGGAGCUCGAGGCGCUGUGCAUCGUCGGCGCGGACGUCGAGACGCUCGAGAUCUAUGGGCGCGAGGUGGCCGUGCCGCUCGUGGCGGCGUCGGAGCUCGCCGUGUGCCUCGAUCGAUCGAGGUGGCUGCCCGAGGACGCGCCGUUCUACUCGUGCGAUUUGGCGGACUUGGCGAUCGACUCCGAAGAUCAUGACAGCGACGACGCGCCGGACUUCGACCUCGCGUCCGGGCAGUUUGAGCGGCCGCGCGUGGACCUCGCGUACGAACCCGAUCAACAGGGCGAGAUCGUCAAGUGGACGUCGGCGGCGGCCGAGUAUUUGCAUGGAAGGGACUGGCAGGGCCUCGAGGUGCGCCGCGGCGAGACCGAGGUCCACGUCGCCGCCGCGGGGCGCACGGGCGUGGCCUCGGGCUACGCCGAAGAACCGGACGCCGCCGGGUGA